AGGAUUGAGGUGAAGACAACGACCCUCGAGCUCGAUUCCAUCUCUCUUCCUGCAUAAUUCCUCACCACAUCCUUCUGUUUGUUUUUCUUUACAUUUUCCAUACCGCCAUUUCGUUUGUACCGAUAAUAAAUUUUCAGUGAUUGUUGAUCGGAAGAAAUUGGAGUAGCGACGAAGAUGGUGAAGGAGACCGAAUAUUACGAUGUUCUGGGUGUGAGCCCCACAGCCACCGAGGCCGAGAUUAAGAAGGCUUAUUAUGUCAAGGCUAGGCAAGUUCAUCCGGACAAAAAUCCAAACGAUCCUAAUGCAGCACACAAAUUUCAGAUUUUGGGUGAAGCUUAUCAAGUUCUGAGUGACCCGUCGCAGAGACAAGCGUAUGAUGCUCAUGGGAAAUCAGGAAUUUCGACAGAUUCAAUUAUCGAUCCUGCUGCAAUCUUUGCCAUGCUUUUUGGAAGCGAGCUUUUUGAGGAAUACAUCGGCCAGCUUGCCAUGACAUCAAUGGCUUCUAUGGAUGUUUUCACUGAAGGAGAGGAAUUGGAUACUAAAAAGUUGCAGGAAAAAAUGCGGAGUGUCCAAAAGGAAAGGGAAGAGAAGCUUGCUGGCAUACUCAAAGAUAGACUCAACGUGUAUGUCCAUGGAAAUAAAGAGGAAUUCAUCCGCCAUGCUGAGGCUGAAGUAUCGAGGCUUUCUAAUGCCGCUUAUGGUGUGGAUAUGCUGAACACGAUUGGCUAUAUAUAUUCAAGGCAGGCAGCAAAAGAGCUUGGGAAGAAGGUGAUGUACCUUGGUGUACCAUUUGUUGCUGAGUGGUUCCGCAAUAAAGGACACUUUAUCAAAUCCCAAGUAACAGCUGCAACAGGUGCGAUUGCUUUAAUUCAACUGCAAGAAGACAUGAAAAAACAGCUCAGUGCUGAAGGGAAUUACACGGAGGAAGAACUUGAGGCAUAUAUGCAAUCACACAAGCAGUUGAUGAUCGACUCACUUUGGAAGCUCAAUGUGGCUGAUAUAGAAGCAACCCUUUCUCGUGUUUGCCAGAUGGUUCUACAAGAAAACAAUGCAAAGAAAGAGGAGCUCCGUAUGCGGGCAAAGGGUUUGAAAACUCUUGGCAAGAUAUUCCAGGUGAAACCAGCUAACGGUAGUAACAGUGUGCCAACUGAUCCUGCAAGCGACACACUGUUUGGAAGCGGGCCAAGUCAUAGCAAUGCUCCUUCAAGCACAUCUGCUAGAUCAGUAAACGACGAUAAUGUCUCUACAACCACAAGCCCGUAUGUGGAGGCUCCUCAGAUUGCCGGAAGCCCGUACAAUAACUUUCCAAGGUCAGCUGCUCCAUCUGGUGUUCACAGACAACCAUAAGCAUGCAUCACAGAUUGGGAGAGCAUUUGCUGUUGUAUUAUUGUGGUAUAAUCUUUGCUAGCCUAGUGAUCAACUAGUGUAUAUCAUUAUUAUUUAUUAUCAUUACAGAUGUAUGGAUCAUGUACCAAACUUUGUGCUUACUUUAUGUAAUUUGUCCAAACCAGAGUAUGUUAGUAGAAAAGUUAUGCUCUUCAGAUUCA